CCUGAUGUCUGUGAGCACCAGCCUGAGAUGCGCAGAUGCUCCAGCAUGCCUCCAGAAGCAAAGACCAAAAGCACUGGAAUCGGUCUCCGGUAGCCUCUAGGCUCAGAGAAGCUGGGUCUUCCCACAGGAUAUCAAGUGUAGUGUUAGCUGCGGAUACCUGCUCAGCUGGCUAAGCCUUUAAGCAUGGAAAGAAGGCUCAUAAAGAAGGAGAUGAAAAAGCUCUUGGGAGAUUAUAUUGGCAUCAGACUUCGGGAAAAUGAAUUUGACCCAAAAGGAAGAAGGCAACUCACCUUUCUAGAUGAUAUGGCACACUAUGACUUGGCCAUCAACGUUGCUUUGCAAUGGCUGGAUCCCUCAGAAGACUUAGCUCGGCUGGAGUGGGAGGAAGUGAAAACACCAUUCCAUGGCAGACCCAUCUAUCCAAAUCGUAGAGAACGAGAAGCUAUGAUUUUAUCAUCUUAUGCUGGAAUCUUAAUGAACAGUAUCCCAAUUGAAGAAGUCUUUAAAAUUUAUGGGGCUGAUUUUUCUGCCAAUUCUGGUACCAUCAAGGUUCCCCGAGUUUCAUCUCUCCACCUCUCCUUGCACCCCUUUGCCAUGUUAACAGCACCCAAAGCAGCAGAAUACGCCCGCAAACAGAGUGUCAAGUCAAGAAAGGGAACAACAAACAAAAAUGCCACCAGCAGCUCUACGAAGGAAGCAAAUGCCACAGAAUGGAAAUCAUCGCAGAGGUUUUCAGACACACAGCCAAAGAACAAAGUCACUUAGAAAAUUGGAGUUGUACCAUGGAACUUCAUAGAGUCUCUGGGAGCAGACGAGAAGCAUCAUCUUAAAACUACGGUUCCUGCCAGUACAUUUUUCUUUACAACUAGUUUUUGAUACAACUGCAUUGAAGUGUUAUUUUUGAUGUUGAGCUUUUUUCUUUUAGAAGCAUAUUGCAUGGCUACAUUUUGUUAAAAAAAAAUAGGAUCUUAUGCUACUUCACUGUGACUAGAAGACUGUUGGAGAAUUCAGAGAGUAUAUAGUAUUUCUGUGACAGAGCAAGCUGGCUUUGUGGCACAUUUUACAAAUGUAUGGCACUGAACAUUGCACAGUGUUGGAGAAGGAGGCAAUUUUCCAAAGAGUUAAUCCAAAAUAAAAUUAAUCUGUCAUUGAUUGCCUUUACUGUGCUCUCAUAUGAAAAAAAGUUUUAAUUCAUUUCAAUAAAGCAUUAAAA